CACUCACCGUGGGCCUCCGCCGAUCUUUCUCCUACCAAGCAGAAACCAGCGAGUUGCGGCUGUUUGAUUCUUAGCACGCUUGCUUCAGUUCCGGUGCUUGAACUUGCCAUCUUCUCUUUCUCCACCGUGAUUCUCUUACUUUGCUUCCAAUGAAGAGACUCAUUGCUCCCAUCCAUUUUUCACGGUCCGUAAAUAAAUAUCAUGGCAAGGAAGGUUUAGAGAAUCUCUUAAAACUACAUUUUGGUUAUUCUGAAUUCCGGGGGAAGCAGUUGGAGGCUAUUGAAGCUUCUUUGUCAGGAAGGGAUUGCUUUUGUCUCAUGCCAACAGGGGGAGGAAAGUCCAUGUGCUAUCAGAUUCCCGCACUGGCAACUUCAGGAAUUGUCCUUGUAAUUUCUCCUUUAAUUGCAUUAAUGGAAAACCAGGUUAAGACAUUGAAGGCGAAAGGAAUUUGUGCUGAUUUUCUUUCAUCAACGCAGUUGGCUUGUACUAAAGAGAAGAUAUUUGAAGACCUCAACUCAGAAAUGCCAUCGGUUAAGCUGUUGUACGUGACUCCAGAAUUGGUUGCAACAUCUGGGUUUACCUUAAAGCUGAUAAAUCUUUACAAGAGAGGGCUGCUUAGUCUAAUUGCUAUUGAUGAGGCACAUUGCAUUUCCACAUGGGGUCACGAUUUCAGGCCGAGCUACCGGAAACUAUCUUCUUUAAGGGGUCAUGUUCCAGGUGUGCCAAUAAUAGCUUUGACAGCUACUGCUGUUUCUAAGGUUCAGAAGGAUGUCAUCAAGUCACUGCAGCUGCGGAAUCCAUUGAUUCUUAGGACAUCAUUUAAUCGUCCUAAUAUAUAUUAUGAAGUGAGGUUCAAGGAUCUUUUAAAUGAUGUGUACUCUGAUCUGUCAAAUCUACUCAAGUCUAGUGGUGAGGUUGUUUGCUCCAUCGUUUAUUGCCUUGAACGCUCUACUUGUGACGAUUUGUCUUUGCACCUAUCAAAGAAUGGCAUAGCUUCAGCUGCUUAUCAUGCCGGGCUGAAUAGCAAGAUGCGAAGCACUGUUUUAGAUGAUUGGCUCUCUUCCAGGAUACUUGUUGUUGUUGCAACAGUAGCAUUUGGAAUGGGUAUUGACAGAAAGGAUGUUCGAUUUGUUUGCCAUUUUAACAUUCCAAAAUCAAUGGAAGCCUUCUAUCAAGAAUCUGGAAGAGCUGGCCGUGAUCAGCAACCUUCGAGGAGUGUGUUGUAUUAUGGCUUGGAUGACUGUAAAAGAAUGGAGUUUAUAUUGAGUAAUGGAGUUAAAAAGAAAUCACAAUCUUCUAGUUCCUCAGAGGAGCUCUUGAAGAAGCCCCUUACAGAUUUCAGAGAGGUGGUGGACUAUUGUGAGGGGUCUGGCUGCCGUCGGAGAAAAAUCCUUCAGAAUUUUGGUGAACAAGUAUCUGCGUCAUUUUGUCAAAAAUCAUGUGAUGCAUGUAAACAUCCAUCAAUACUUUCAACAAAGUUAGCAGAACUUGAACGGAAUGUUAACGUUUUCAAGAAAGGAGGACUCGCUCCUGUUUUUCUCCAAAGAUCGAAUGUUGCUGCAUCAGAUCCAGUGAGUGAAUUUUGGAAUCUUGAGGAGGAUGCGACCUCUGAUGAAGAUAUAUCAGAAUCUGAAGAUGAAGCGGUGGCCGUAGAACGUUCAGCAAGGUCCAAGAUUUCAUCAAAAGCUACUAUUGAUGAGAAGUUUGAAGCUUUACAACGUGCGGAGGAAAAUUAUUAUCAAAAUAAAGACCAAAACAAGCAGGUUAAGCACGAGCUUGCCGGCCGAAAUGUAAUAUCAGAGGCAUUAAGAGACGCGAGCAAGAAGAGGCUCUUAAAUUCUCUGAAUCAGGCUAACGAGCGACUGAGAAACCAUUCGCUCGACAUCGAAUCUUCUUCGGCCUCGCUCGAAUUGGACUGCUUUAAGAAAUAUGAGAAGGUUGGCAAAACCUUUUAUAUUUCUCAGAUUGCGGCGACCGCGAGGUGGCUAUCAUCGGCAAGCUUUGAGCAGAUAAGGGAGCGGCUGAAUCUAAACUCUGCAGUUCGUGAUGCCGAAAGUAAACCAAAAGUGGUCGAAAAUGCUGUUACUUCAUCAUCAUCAAGAGGUUCUGCAAAUCAAAUUCUUGUUCAGUCGGUCCGAGAGGAACCGUUAAUGGAUGAAGUUUUAGGUAAAUAUGUUUGUGAAUCUGCCGCAGUGGAUUUGUCACAUGGAAAGGUGGAUCUUCCCCCCAUACCUUCAUUUUCGGAGUUUGUUAACCAAAAAUCGAAGAAACAGAGCAGAAUUUUUAACAUGGGUUCUGAAAGUGCUCCAAAGAGGAGAGCUGAAGCUGAGAGGAAUCAGAGAGUUGAUGCUGGGAAGAAGAUGAAGCAGUAGCAGAAUAUAGUUUAAAGUUUAAAACUUGAGGCUUAGCCGUUCUAGUUUAAUUUUUCGAUUCAUUGGUGCAGUUAUAAAGAUGUAAAUGUGUUGCUGCUCGCGAGCUUGAGUUUUGUGUGUAUCAAUGGAGAAAAUAUUAUGUCCUGACACCGCACAUCCGGACGGCCAACCACCAGUGGUCAUGUCGCCAUACACGUCAGUGGCAGGCGAUGUGGCCACUGGUGGUUAGUCCUCCGAACAUGCAAACACAAAAUUUUUUGUAUCAAUGAGUUCUAGUUAGCUGUUGGGAGAAGUAUAUAAUAUAACACAGAACAUGCAUAUUCAUAAAACUAACCCUUUUUUGUGUUAAAUAUCUAAUUUGUAUGUCAUGAUCAAAUUUGGCAAUAUUUGUAUAUAGGAUGGAUUUUCGAUAUGAAUUUUGAUA